UUUUACAGAAUUUCACAAUACCCCUGAGCCAUCUCAGCAAAGGGUGGAGGAAAUUCCCUGCCCUGGGUUGUCGUGAGCCGAGCUCUGAAAAGUUCCUUUUUUUGCCUGGCUGAAGGAGAGAUUGUUUCAUUGAAUUUAAUUUGUGCAAGACUUUCAGCUUAGGUCGGCGGUGUCUGUGAACUUUAACCAGGGGUAAAGAUUGGCUCUUAAACACUGUGAGAGGGCAAACAACCGAGCCUACUAGCGCGAGUUCCUCUGAAGAGCUUCGCCAAUCAAACUCUUUGUGCGUGAGAAAGUUUUGCACGGGGCUGCGGGGAGUCGUCUGUGGGGGAAGUGGACGGACGGAACUGUGAACGCCGAGUGGAAUCGCUCGGGGUCUGAAAAGGACAGCAUUUAGUUUGUGAGGGAAAGUCAGGUCGCGUCAGUGUGCUUGUCCUUGCGCUAUCUGAAGGCAGAAACACUUCCUACUCUCGGUGUGUGAGCUAACUUUCCGCAGGUGUGUGGGAGGAAACGAGCGAGACUUCGGUGGCCUCCUCUUUCCAAAAGGGGCCAACUGAACUGCAGCAGACGAGAGCCGCGCGUGUAUGUGGCGGGGUUCUCGUCUACGGGCCGAACAAGGGGUACAGCGUUUUGUUUUGUUUCGAGAUGUGAGGGGCAAAAGGCUAAGCGCGCCGCUAGUCUCGGCCCCCUAAUUAAAGUGUUGUGACUUCAGGCGCUUUGUGACUUCACUCGCGUAGCGGUUAAUAGCUUCUGUGAGCCCGCGUGGCCUCUCGGCCUCCAUGCCCGCCGGCCGGGAGAGGCAGCCGCUGAUCCCUAGGGGCCGCCGCCGCAGCCGCUGGUGGCACAGAAUGCCCUGCUUCACGCCAGGAGCGGCCUUCAUCCCCACGCUGCUGGUCGUCUGGUCUUCGGCUUCCUUCAUCAUCUCCUACGUGAUCGCCGUCCUCUACGGCCAUGUGGAGCCGCUCUUCCCGUACAUAAGUGAUACAGGAGCAAAACCUCCAGAAAGUGGUAUAUUUGGAUUUAUGAUUAACAUUUCAGCAUUCCUAGGUGCAGUUACAAUGUAUACAAGAUACUUAAUUAUAAAGGAGCAAAAUGAAGUGACACAUUUUGUUUCCCCCUGUUUAAAUUUAUUGGCACUAUUUGUUGGAUUGAUGGGUUGUAUUGGAAUGGGCAUCGUUGCAAGCUUUCAGGAGCUUGCAGUUCCUGCUGUCCACGAUGGAGGAGCUCUUCUUGCUUUUGUCUCUGGUGCUCUGUACAUUGUGCUUCAGACUAUCAUCUCAUAUAAGUCUCGUCCACAGUGGAGCACUCCAUGUGCAUGUCACAUAAGGCUGUGCUUCUCUAUUAUGACUUGGGUAGCUGUCAUUCCCAUGAUUGCAUGUGCUUCAUUAGUUUCCAUAACAAAAAUAGACUGGAAUCCAGGUGAAAAGGAUUAUGUGUAUCAUUUUGUGAGUGCAAUCUGCGAAUGGAUAGUAGCCUUUGGUUUUGUUUUCUUCUUCUUAACUUUCAUUGGAGAUUUUCAGGGAGUUACAAUAAGGAUAUCAACAGAACUACAUGGAAACAUCUGACCACUUAUGAUUAGAAUAGCAGAAGCGGAUUUGGGGAUAUUAAAGAAACUGUUGCUGAGAAACAGGAGCAGCCAAAUCUGAAGUAACAUGAAACUGCUGAAUCAGUGCUGCAAUUUGCACAAUCAUUGUCAAAAGAGACUGUAUUUUUACUUUUUACCAAUAUCCCAUGUUUCAUUUCCCCUUUUAACCUAUGUUCUAAAGCUCUUUUGUAUUUUUAAAUACUUUCCCCACUUUUAUUUUUAAAGUGAGAACCUCUGAAAAAUGUAAUUUCUUUAAAAAGUGGAACAGAAGUUUCUUCUUUACAAUUCUACAACAUUCUUUUUAUUUGUUUGAGUAAAGAUGGCCUCAAAGUGAAUCUCAGGCUGCAGUUUGAUGCCCGCUUCCUUGGAGUGAGUCCCACUGAACUUGGUGGGGCUUUCUUUCAACUGACUGUACUUAAGAUUACGUUUUAAAAUGCCUAGUAUUCAUAGUGUUAAAAUGUGAAAAUUAAUGUCUGCUUUUAUAUAUUAGGAAAUAAAAUGGCCCUGAUCCAAAGAGAGA